AGUUGGCUGGGCGCAGGGCGAGGCUGCAGGCAGGAAGGAGGCUGAACGCAGGGAGCCGGAGGGAGGUCCUGCCGCUGCUGGAGCCAUGAGCACACAGGGUCCCAGCCCCCUGGCCUUCCUCACAGCUCCUGCCACUCCGGGCAGCCCCACAGAGGCGGCUGACCCCCUCCCCAUGCUCAUCGCCCUCGCCUGCAUCUUCCUCCUGCUGGCCAGCUGUCUGCUGUUCAUGACCCUCUGCAGACCGGUCGCGCUGGACCCGGCCCAGCGCCGGGCUCGGGAGUGCAUGCCCCACCACCCUGGGAGCCCCAGCGAGCCGCAGCUCAGGCUCUGGAAGCGCCUAGGCUCUCUGCGCCGCUCCCUGCACAGCUUCCGACGGGGCAGGCCUGCUCCCCGACGCCCCCUGCCGGGCUGCAAUGUCACCCACGAUGGUGACCGCACGGAAUCCACCAAGAUGUGACGGGGCGGCCCCAGCCUCCAGAACCCAUCCGCGGACCCUCCUGCCUUGGACAGAGCCCGGAACCAGGGGCUGCGGACGGACGUGGGCCACAUGCUCAGCCCAGUGGUCCUCUGUGUGCCCAAGCCCGUGGCCUUUCCCAGAGACUGCCUCUCUGCAGACUCUCCAGCUGCUGCCUGCUGAAAGACGGCUGGGCCGACUGCGGGGCCGGGGGGUGCGAACUGCGGCCCCCAGUACCCUCCUCCAGCAACCAGGCACCAGCCACCUCCGGGAGGCAGUGCCCCUGCUCCCCAACAGAAGUCCCGCUCACCCUCCAGGUGCCAAAGUCCAGCGUGGAUUCCAGUUUGACUUGCCAAAUGGCCAAAGGUUCCCUCCAGCCAAGGGAAAUACUUGGCCCACAUGGGGGGCAAGGUACUGUCUUGCCCUCUGUGCCAACUCAGUGCCCGAGGCAAGAGGAAAGCCAGGGACUUCUCUCCUUGGAAUUCCUGGGCCCCACCAGCAUUCGCCUGAUAAUCCCCGGGCGUAGCCAGCACCCUCGUGGUGGGUGAGAUGGCCGGUGCCCGUUGGGAGGAGGGCAAGCAGCAGGCUCUCAACACUACCCAGCUAAUUGCCAUCUUGGCAGCCAUCUUGGUGGCCCCCCUUGAAGGUGCUGAUGUUACAGUGGACCAGGAAGGGGCUGAGAAUGGGUUAAGGAGCUCCUUGAGAGGCCAGGACCCACGCUGUGUCAGAGUGGUGGGAGGCAAUGCCAGAAGCUAGAGGUGAUGCCACCUGGGCUCUGAGGACACAUCAUAGUGCUCCUGCCUCACCCAGGGCAGGAGGCAUCCUCCCUUUGGGGUAGGAGGGUCCAGACCUCUCCAGGACAGCACCUCAAGUCUGGAGCACACUAGGUCUGCUGAGUUUCUGGCAAUUGUGUCAUUGACUGGCUACCUGUCAAAGCAAUCCCACCCUAGAGUGGACACCUCAGCAUUCCAAACCCCCAAACUCUCCCCACAGGGCCGUGACUCUGGGUCCCAGAUUUGGAGAGUGGGCAGAGGGGUUCUGAGCUGCCUAACUCCUGCCCCAGAGAGUCAGCUGACCAGGGCCACCUGGUGCCCUGCCACGGGGCUGCCCCAGCCCCCCUACUGUGACUCACGGUGCAGCUAGCCAGGUCUUCUCAAAGAGUGAGCUCCAGCUUUGCCACUUGUUCCCAACGGUUCCAGCUCCAGAACCAUCCCUGGUUCCCAACUGCUGGCUGGAGAAAGCCAGGGCUUCCUGGUCUGAUGUUCAGUGCCCUCUGGGACCUGGCUCCAAACUAUCCUUCCAGCCUCGUCCUGACCCAAGACUCCAGACAAACCAAACUACCUGCCCUCCCCAGGCUGUGGCUUACACUCUGCAAGGCACCCCCUCCGUGAGGCUAUCUUUGCUCUCCAGCUGAAAGCCACUUCCUGCCUGGAACCACCCCUACCCUUCCCAUGGCUCAGAGGGAGGGCAGGGAUCAGUGCCUCCUGGCAGUGUGGGCGACCCACAUCUAUGUCUCCUCCUUCCUACGGGCCUGAGAGCUUGCAGAGAGUGAGACUAUGUCCAACCUCUCACAUAAUCAGCUCCAGGCACAGAAGUAUGAAUCAUGUCUCUAUUUCCUGAGUGAACGGUGGCCCCAGCUGGGUGUGUCCCCACCCCCAAAGCUUAAGGAUCUUCCCUCACAUGCCCCUAGACAGAAGCUUUGUCUCCAAGCAUGUUGGUGAGGUCCCCUGUACCUUCAAAGAUUGAGGCCAGAAACUUGGUCAGAAACUUCCAGGGCCUUGGAGAAGUCACUAAUGCCUGAAUUUCUCCCUUAGAAAUGAGGGCAGCAUUGGGGCUGCCCUGUCUCACUCCUGGGCUCUAGGAUUUCAGGCUGUGUUGUGUUGGGUAAAUAGAAACCAAUUCUUCAGGUUUAGAAAGUGGGGCAAGCCUCAUUCCACGGCGUUUGGUACCCUCUCCCCUUCCAGCUUGUUAACCUUGUCCUGGUUCCCUUCCCAGGGCCUCCCUGUCACAUCCCAGGAUGAAUUUGGCCUACAGUCACCGGCCCGGCACUAGGUGCUCUCUUCCUAGAGACCAGGGGUGGGGGUAAGGCUUCCCGGAGGGCCGGAAGGAGACGUGCCCCACUUUGGUCCUGGGAGACUGUCGGUGAGUGGAGUGGCAGGUGUGAGGCUAGAGGAGAAGCUGAGCCCCAGAGGAAGAUAUCCUCCUCGUUCCUCCUUCUGGAACCCGCCCCCGGCCUCUGGCAAAUCCCUGCAGUUUCCUGGACCCUCUGGGCCUCUGGGAGUCAGCACCCUGCUCCCAGCCCAUUUCCUGCCAGCCUCCUGGCCCCGAUGCAGGGAGCUGGACACACUUCCAGCCCCUCCCGAUCCUGGGAGCCUGCCCCAGUGGACAGGCCCGGAUUUGCCAUGUUUGGCUCAGCCUCCGCCUCCAUAGCUGGUGAAGAGGAUAAUUCAGUCCCGGCCUCCCUCCCCACCCAGCAACUGAGGCCUCCAGGGCAAGCCGGGGGAGGGCACCCGAGCCUAAUUUUCAGGUCCUCCCCUUUCUCGCUCGGAGCCUCAUAGCUGUCGCUCUUGCUCCCUGGGCAAAGGAGCUCUUUCUUCUUGUGCCUGUUUACUUCCCAAGAAGGGAGCUCCAGCCAAGGGCCCCAUGAAAGCCUCUCUGUUCUGGGCCUAGAUGGGCCCUGGCUAUUUCCCCUCACCUCCUUUCUGGGAAAAUGUGACAGCUCCAACCCCUUGCUGUUCUGAAAGGCCCUCUGGGUGGCGUGGGGGAAGAGGAGAGGGUUUGGGGGAACGGGAGGCAGGCAAGGCCUUCCUUCUGUCUUUGGGGGGAGCCAGGGUGCUGUCUCAGGCUACAGAAACUAAAGGCCUUCUCUCCCCGGGUGGGAGGAGGGCACCUGGCCACUUCCGGGGCAGCCGCUGGACCCUCUCCUGUUUCCAUCCCUCCAUGUGGCAUCCGGGCCACCAUGACACCGAGCGUGUGUGCAGCCCUGCCUGCCCCCAGCCCACCAGCUGCCCCAGGGGGCUACGGCCACCUGCCUGCACAAUGCUGUGUCCCUCAGGGAUGUCCUCGGGGACGCUGGCCUCGUAGCUGCUCUGUAGAAAGAUGGGCCGGUUGUCGUUCACGUCCAGGACGGUGACGAACACGGUGGCCGUCCCUGUGCGCCGCUUACCUACGGGGCCAUUGUCUGUGGGAGUUGAAGGCGGAUGGGUCGUUAGCAGCUGCCUGAUGGGCAAAUUCCCUGGGCACGUGUCCUGUUCACCACACCCACUCUGGCCUUUGUAAGAGGUGGCUCUUUCCUUUUUUAGAUUGAGAGUAACACUAACAAUGCCUACCCUCUCCCAGGCGCUAUUCUAACUCAUUCAGUCCUCACAAGAAGCAUGUGAAGUAGGGGCUGUCAUUAUCAGCCCCAUUUUACAGAGGAGGGAACUGAGGCCCAAAGCGGUUCCAUGGUGGCCGCCAGAACAUGGACCCAUUCAGGGUCCCUGGCAACUUGUGAGUGCAAACUCAUUAGGAAAAAGUGUCUUUGAAGAUGUAACGAAGUUAAGAAUCUGGAGCUGAGGUAUCCUGGACUGCCUGGGUGGGCCACAGACCCAUUGACAAGGGUCCUUAAGAGAGAAAGGCAGAGGGAGAUUUGAUUCGGAGAGAAGGUCACGUUAAGUCAGAGGCACGGAUUGGAUUUUGCAGCCACGAGCCAAGGAAUACUUCGAGCCACCAGAAGCUGGAGGAGUCAAGGAAGGAUUCCCCUCUAGAUCCUUGAGAGGGAAUACAGACCUGCUGACACCUUAAUUUUGAACUUCUGGCCUCCAGAGUCAUGAGGAAAUAAAUCCCUACUCUUUUAAGCUGCCCAGUUUGGGGUAAUUUGUUACAGCAGCCGGAGGAGACAGAUGCAGGUACGGAGAUCACAAGCCAACAGCUCUCAGGGCCAGGUGGGUGAGACCCGUGGGUACACGCAUGGGAGGGCCCACCCCAAAGGGCAGCUCGGCUCUCUUCCAGUCCACAGUGGACAGGCCAAGGGUGGACCUAGUGACACGAGGUCUUCUGAUUUCUUCAGAGAAAUGGAACAUCUGAGCUUCUACAUAAAAUCUCCUGAUUUUUAAAUGUUCCCACCUAACUCAUUCUGUAUGGAAUAAGAGAUGGGU